AUGUAUGCCAUGCCCUCCCUGUCCGAGCCAGCCUAUCCCCCUGCUAUCCUAUCCUUCACUGAGCCGGCCUAUGCCGUGGACCCUCUGAGAGUGGGCGUUCCCUCAUCCCUGGAUCCUGACCUGUACUAUACCGCCCCCUCCACCCCCAUCAAGAUGGCUGCUCGCCCCUUACACCUCAAACAUCGCUCUUACCCUGGCUCUCCAGCCUCUCCCCUCUCACAAAACUCCCCCUCGGACAGCGAGGACCUGUGCUCCCCUCUCACCUCCCCCUCUGGCUCCUACGUCACGGCGGAGGGGGGCAGCUGGACCUCUUCCACCUCCCCCUGCACCUCCCCCAAUCUGCUCCUGGCAGAGGAGGUGCAGGAGGCACCUGCAUGCUUUGUCAGCUCGCUGUCCGAAAUCGGAGACGAGGUGGGAGAGGAUAGGGGAGCAGUAGGGGAGAGGGCAGAGGAGAAGGGAGGAGGAGCAGCAGAGUGGCGGUUCUGCCUCUAUAAGGGUCUAGCAGAGACUGUGAUCCUGGAGGAGGAGGAGGACACUUCCCCAUUGAGGAGCAGCAGUGGCAGAAGCACUGACUCCCAGGAAGAGGGAGGGGAGUCGGAGGGCUCGCUCUGCCCAGCAGAGGAUGCUCUAGCUGGGGGACAGCAGUACUCUAGUCCCCUGCUGCAAAGAGGCCUGGAGCUGGAGCUGCAGGCCUGUAUGGCUGAGGAACUUUACCCUCCCAUUACCAACCCAGAGGAUGGAACAGACUCCCCACGGCUGACCUCCAUCUCCUUCCCCUUCGCCCCAGACAUGGGGAACCUAAGCCAUCACACCUCCAGUGUCAACCCUGCCUCCCCCAACCUUACCCUGGACACAUGCUCUCCAGAUGUGUCAGACGGGGAUAACUCCAGUCCAUACGGAGAGAUGGGUACCUUCCUGAUGUUCCCAGGCUCCUACAGUGAUGAUGGAGAGAUGGAGGAGGAGGAGGAGGAGGAGAGGAUGAUCCCAGCCUCUCUGCUUAACUUUCCCCUCCACACCAGCCUCCUCUUUCAAGCAGACUCCAUGGAGAUCACUCUCUUCCCCACAGAGGAGGGGAAUGAGGGAGGAGAGGGAAACGACAGGAACGAAGGGAACGAUGUGGAUGCAUACGCGGCCGGAGAGGAGGAGGGGGACGUAGAGAUAGAGGAGGCUAAGGUAGAAAUAGCGAUAGAGGAAGAGGUGGAUGAAGAGGAGGGUGAGGAUGUUGAGGAAGAGGAGGAGGAGGGUGAGGGUAAGGCUGUAAAUGACCCAGCUGAAGAGGACAACUCGGCCUCCUUCCUUCAUUCACUGUCGGAGACUUCCAUCAAUGAAGGUCUGGAUGAGUCCUUCUGUUUUCAUGAUGACACUGACGACUCACUAGACUCCGCCUCUUAUAAUGGCGAAGAGGAUGAGCGGCUGUACAGCACAGAGAGACAUGCUGAACCCCCCACAGGACCACCCACAGGACCACCCACAGGACCACCCACAGAACCACACCAAGCCAAACCUCAGCCUGAAACUAGACCAGAGGCCCACAGCACUGAACUGUCCCAGUCCCAGAGCAGACCUAGCCUAAUCAAUCCCCCAGGAGACAAAGAGCCCCGGCCUGAGGAUCCUCCAGGACCCAAACCACCACAACCACAACCUGCACUUGCACCUGCCCAACUUGCGGAAUCAGCCCACCCCAAGUCCUCAAACAGCGGCAGUGGGAGUGAAAUGGAGAACUCCUCAGAGUCCUCUGACCCUCCUGUCCCCGCUCCUUCUCAGGAGAGCCCUUCUGUCUCUACCUUUACCCCUAAACCUUCUACAACCCCUUACCCUGCCUCGAUUACCCCAAAGACUACCCCUGCUACCAUGUCAACCCCUAAAACCAAGCCUGCAUCUCUCUCUAACCCCAACACUAACUUUGCUCCUGCCCCAAAUGCUAAAUCUGCUACAGUCUGUACCACUAACACUAACCCUGCUACAGCCUCAACCCCACAACAUAACUAUGCUACUGCCUCCACCCCCAAAACUAACCCUGCUACUGUCUGUACACUUGAAAUGAACCCUGCUACGGUCUCUACCCCUAACACUAACAGUGUUCUUGCCCCUAACGCUAAAUCUCCUACGGCCUGUACCACUAACACCAACCCUGCUACAGCCUCAACCCCCAAAACUACCCCAGGUACAUGCUCUACCCCAAACCCUGCUGCUACUCCUAACACUAACCCUGCUGCUACAAUCGAGGAGACAGCGUCCCACAGCAAUCCUGUCACCCUGGCAACCCUGCCAUCCCAUAACAGCCCUGUGAGCCUGGCAACAGAAGCAGGGCAAGCCAAAGCAGCUGCAGAGGAAGUACAGGCUGGUACGUCAGACACACCCCGGCCUAAACAGAAGACCUCUGAGCCCCGUAAGCCCCUCCCACGUGUGUUUGGGGUGGCAGCGGCUUCAAUCCGGUCCAAACCGCUUCUGGUGUCAGUGCUGGAACUGGACCAGAAGAAUGAGAACAGCAGCGCUGAAGGUGUGGACUCCCAUCACGUCCUUGAAGGGACCACUGCCACCAAUGACCUGAACAAGGGGGUCCCUCUGCUCUCGUACCCGAAAGAGCCUAACCCCAGCAACAUCCCUGUCUCCUCCUGCCCUGAGAGCUCACCUGACCUGGCUGACAACCUGUCCCUGACCCCUGACAUCUGCCCAUGUGACCCCGCCCAGGAGAACCUGAGGGAGAACACCCUGAGCACUGAGGACGGGGGCCCUGGGGCCCUGGGCUCCCCUCACACACCCCUGGCUGUCUCUCCCAAGAGGGAGAACUCAGAGACAGACGCAGGAGGGAGGAGGGGGGAUGUGGGCUGGAGGGCUGAUAGGAGGGGGUUAGGAGCAGGGGCUGGGGCCUGGGGGGCAGGGGAGGCCCAAUCUCUCUCUCUGGGGCAGGCCUGUGGGUUGGAGGCACAGAACCUGUUACUGUGUGAGGUGGAGGGGCAUGCUGUUGGACAGACAAUUGGACAGACGAUUGGACAGACACUCUCCGGGCUGCCCAAUGUCGGCACAGACGAGGAUGAGGUGGAUGAUAUAAUGGGGGACGAAGAAGACAACAACAGCCUGUGUGGUCGGCCAGACAAGAUGGCAGAUGUUGAGCUUGUGGGAGAGGGAGUGCCAGAGUCCAACCUGUCCAGCUGGAGGUCCAUCGAGGAGAUAUCAGAGGCAGGGGGAGGAGAGGACGGAAGCUCCCAAUUCCCAGAGGAUGAUGUCAGCAACCUGCAGAGUCACCCGGAAAACAAGGAGGAGCAGGAAAACAACAACAAUGACUCCAUGUUCCUAUCCUCUGGAAUGCCAACCUGUGUGACUCUGAAUGCCCUGUCAGAGGAGGUGAGACACCAGAGCCAGAGUGUGAGUCUGAGGGCGUCCCUCUCAAACAUACCACUCACAGAGGUGAGACCACAGGCUGCUGCAGCCUCCGAUAGGCCAACAACAUUAACGGACAGCUCAACACACCAAUCAGACAUAAGACAGGCUUCCUCGUCCAUGGAAAGCCCUGGGCGUGUCUCACCACCAGGGGGUAAACCACAGACCGUCUCAGACCAGAGCCCUGGUUCAGUAGAGGCAGCCAUUUCCAGACCCAACAGUAACACAGAUAUUAACCCAGCAGUCAAACAGGCAGACCUUGCUCUAUCUCUGCUGGGUGGGGCGUUUGGAUCCUUCAGCCAUAAAAUCAGACCAAGCAACUCCAAGUCAGGCAGACUGUUCCAAGAAACUUCCCCAUCAAUGAGGAAAGACACAGUAGAGAAGGUCCAAGUUUCCCAAGAAACUUCUCUCUCAGUGGGCAAAGACACAGUAAAGAAUGUACAAGUCUCCCAAGAAAUUUCCCUAUCGGUGGGCAAAAACACAGUAGAGAAGGUCCAAGUUUCCCAAGAAACUUCUCCACCAGUGAGCAAAGACACAGUAGAGAAAGUCCACGUUUCCCAAGAAACGUUCCCAUCCGCGGGCAAAGACACAGUAGAGAAGGUCGAAGUUUCCCAAGAGACUUCCCCAUCAGUGAGCAAAGACACAGUGGAGAAGGUCCAAGUUUCCCAAGAAACUUCCCCAUCAAUGAGCAAAGACACAGUAGAGAAGUUCCACGUCUCCCAAGAAAUUUCCCCAUCAAUGAGCAAAGAGACAGUAGAGAAAGUACAAUUUUCCCAAGAAUGUUCCCCAUCAGUGAGCAAAAACAUAGUAGAAAAUGUCCAAGUCUCCCAAGAAACUUCCCCAUCAGUGGGCAAAUACACAGUAGAGAAGGUUGAAGUUUCCCAAGCAACUUCCCCAUCAGUGAGCAAAGACACAGUAGAGAAGGUCCAAGUAUCCCAAGAAUCGUCCCUAUCAGUCGGCAAAGACACAGUAGAGAAGGUCGAAGUUUCCCAAGAAACUUCCCCAUCCGUGAGCAAAGACACAGUAGAGAAGGUCCAAGUAUCUCAAGAAUCGGCCCUAUCAGUCGGCAAAGACACAGUAGAGAAGGUCCAAGUUUCCCAAGAAACUUUCCCAUCAGUGAGCAAAGACACAGUAGAGAAGGUACAAGCAUUCCAAGAAUCGGCCCUAUUAGAGGGCAAAGACACAAUAGAGGAAGUCCACGUUUUUGAAGAAACUUCCCCAUCAGUGGGCAACGACACAGUAGAGAAGGUCCAAGUUUCCCAAGAAACUUCCCCAUCAGUCAGCAAAGACACAGUAGAGAAGGUCCAAGUCUCCAAAGAAUCUUCCCUAUCAGUGGGCAAAGAUACAGUAGAGAAAGUACAAGUUUCCCAAGAAACUUCCCCAUCAGUGAGCAAAGACACAGUAGAGAAGGUCCAAGUUUUCCAAGAAGCUUCCCUAUCCCUAUCAGUGGCCAAAGACACGGUAGAAAGUGUGAAAAAACUGUGUUCCCAGCCUCAGCCAGAGGAGACAGAGCCACAGACGGUGAUCCAAAGAGAGGGUGGUGGCGGUCAGACGACUGACAGGCACAUUGACCAACCAAAGAUGAGCGUGGCCUUAGAAGGGCAGGAGAGCAGUGUUUGUAUCUCAGGGGAAAGUGAGGUUGAGGAGAGAGCAGAGGAGAGAUUCUCUCCAACAGAGAGUAUUCCAGAACCUGCACAGCGUCAGACACCUGAGGGAGAGCUGAGCACAGAGAAAGCCAUCACUCCUCCUCAGCCAGAGAGGAGAGGGAAGCAGAGGAAGCAGAGCAGAGACAGACCCAGUCAGCUGCGCAGACAAUCUACGUCAGGCCCUGGGUCUACUGAUCAACCACAGGAACCAGCUCUCCCUGCCAAGACCCUAGCAGACGCCUCCCCACCAGGGAAACAAAAGAAUAAGAACACGAGGGGACAAAAAUCUGUUGCAGAUACCAGACAGAGGACACCUGUGAAGGGCAAACCUGAAGCAGAGUCCGAGAGAAGAGGGGAAAACAGAAACGUCUCCGUUGCCCCGACUCCCCCUAGUCCUACCAGCCUCUACCCUAUAACUCCCACUCUCCUAGUCAACCAGGAAGUGAACACGGAAGUGCACCAGAAAAUGCUUGCUAACAGGCCGAUGCCUGGCUGCCAGACAGAAAGCAGGAAGGAUAUCAACGAUAACAAUGUGGGGAGUGGCCAUGCCUCCCCUACAGAACAGAAUAGGUCCUCUUCUCCUCCACCUCUUCCCUCCUCCUCUCCUCCCCAUCUCUCCUUCUCUCCUCAUUCCUCAUCUCCCCCACCUCUUCCCUCCUCCUCUCCUCCUCCUCUCUCCCCCUCUCCUCUCUCCUCCUCUCCUCCCCCCAGUACCUUCGCGAUGCCGCCAGAUGAGGACCUCCCCACCCCCAUACAGGAGUCCCAGCUUCUCGUCACCACAGUCCAGCCUGUCACCCCACUCCUAGACACCCAGCCUCAAUCAACCAAUGUUCAGGCAGCCUCUGCAACCCUUUCUACUACCCCUAUCGCCCUUCCUAAGCACCCCCCUAUACCCACCGAAAGUGUCCCUAUGUCCCCUACCCCCUCCUCAUUUCCAUCUCCACCCACGUUAGCCCUGCCCUCGACCCCCAGCUUUACCCAGCCCACCCAGGAGUUUCUGCCAUGGCUGGAGCCUCCAACCACAAUGCCUGUCCUAGACAUCCGCAGGCAGGUCCAGCCCCAGCCCCAGCCCCAGCCCCAGCCCCAGCCCCAGCCCCAGCCCCAGCCCCAGCCCCAGCCCCAACCAAACAUCCUCACCGAGCCCAACAGACAGGUCAAAACAGGUCAGUCACAAAGCCCACAGGACAGAGAUGGGAUGGACACAGACAGUGAUGAUGAUGACACUGCUGUUCCUCUACGACGUCACAUGACUCAGCCCAGGGGGAUUGUGGGAAACCCUUCUCAUAAAGAGUCUGGUUCCUCCAAUCAGCGAGAGGUACUGCUUCACUCCUCCUGCCAACCAACUGAGAGACAGACAGACUGUCCAAUCAGCCACAAGAAUUCACAGGAGCUGGACCUGUCCUUCAAAUACAACUUGGGCUCCUGCAAUGAGUCGGAGAGUGAGGGAUCAGUGCCAGAAUUGGAAGAACCAGAGAGGGUGCCACUGAAAUCCUCAGAACCCCAGCCCAUCUCUCCUGCUGAUGAGGGGAUUAACAGACCUAAGCAGAGCCGCAGUGAGAAGAAGGCCCGCAAGGCCAUGGGUAAGCUGGGCUUGCGGCCGGUCCACGGUGUGACCAGGAUCACUAUAAGGAAGUCGAAGAGCAUCUUGUUUGUCAUCAGCAGACCUGACGUCUUCAAGAGCCCCGCGUCAGACAUCUACAUCGUGUUUGGAGAGGCCAAGAUAGAGGACCUGUCUCAACAGGUGCACAAGGCAGCGGCAGAGAAGUUUAAGGUCCCGGUGGAGCCCUCCCCCCUGGCGCCCCCUGCACCACCCAGCCUCACCAUCAAGGAGGAGAGCGAGGAGGAGGAGGUGGACGAGGGAGGUUUGGAGCAGAGGGAUAUAGAGCUGGUGAUGGCCCAGGCUAACGUGUCCCGUUCUAAAGCUGUCCGCGCCCUCAGACACAACACCAACGACAUCGUUAACGCUAUCAUGGAACUGACAAUGUGAGAGGACCCCCACCAAGCAUAAAUGCCACAGUCACAUCUGUAUCGCUGCUAUGUUGCAUUCUCCUUACCUGCUAAUAAACAGUCUGUUAUAACCACA